AUGGACGAGAAGCAGAUCAACGGCACCGAGGUGCCCGCAGCAGAGACCGAGAGUGUCGAGCAGCCUGUUACCACAAAACAGGACGAAUCGACUGAGGCUGCACCUAAGAAGAAGACCACAUGUAAAGACGCCAAGCACAAGAAGACGUCAAAACUAAUGACCAAGAAGAAGAAUUCGGCCUCUACGAAGAAGAACAAAUCCAUUCCAGCAGAUGACAGUUCAGAUGAAAGCUCCAGCGAUGAUUCAUCGGAUUCCUCUUCAUCAGAAUCGUCGGAAGAUGAAUCCGACGAGAGCUCAUCGUCCGAGGAGGAAGUGAAGAAGAAGAAGUCAAAGUCGAAAACGGCCAAGAAGUCCAAAGACAAGAAGCGGAAGAAGAGCAAAAAACCAGACUCCAGCGAGAGUGAGGAUGACUCCGGCGAUGAGAGCGACUCCAGCAGUGAAGACGAGGCUUCAAAGAAGAAGCAGAAGAAGGCUGGAAAGAAGGCAAAGAAGUCAAAGAAAGCUGCUGCUUCAUCGUCUGACUCAGAAGAUGCAUCCGACGACGACGGUGUCUCCGGUCUUGAACUACAAGUGAAGGAGCUCACAUCGAAGAUUGCAGCACUCAAAACCUCUUCCAAGUCGUCAAAAUCCAGCAAGUCCCGCAAGACCAGGAAAACGAGCUCCAAAUUCAAGCGUGUCGAUCAGCUCUGGGAUUCGGAAACCCACAACUACAAGCUCAAGGAGAGCGCCGAGGAUGAAGAGGGCGAGUUCGCCGAAUUCGCCUUCCUUGUUCGUCGAACCUUCAACUGGGAGAACAGAUACGAGGACACAAUCGUCGACAUCAAGUCCAAGGCUCUUCGGACAGUGCUCGCACAGGUGAUGAAAGGCUGCAAAUCGGUCAGCUUGGAAGUCGACGAGCCAAGUCUCGAUCCCAAGCAGCUCUUCUUAUAUCUUGAGGACCUGCGAAGCCACUACAAGAAGACCCUCCGCGCUCAAAUCAAAUCCGAGAAGAAGCGCAAGCAGAUCAAGAAGCUUGGAGAACAGCGGCAAUGCUGCCGCACUCUGGUCGCUUAUCUCGAUGAAGACUUCGCUGAAACAAAGAAGACGCUCUACCCUCUGCUCGCCGCCGGGAAUAUCACCUUUGACCUCGUCUGGGCACUAUUCAAACCCAAUCAGGUAGCGAUCACAUCUUGCUACGGCUCCUGGGACGAACCAAGGUGUAUCAAAGCGCACUUUGCGACAUUCAACUGCAACAUGACGCGCGGCCAAUGGUACAUCAUCGAGGGCAACUACGUCGAGUGUGAUGGCACGAGAUUCGGAUAUGGCGACUUUGAAGCCGAGAUCGAUGGGUUCAAGGGCCCGAAGAAGAUUUCGAGUUUGCCAAUCUAUCCGCUGAAGUAUCACCCUGAUGUGAAGGCGGUGAAGGAGAAGAUUAUCGCGAGAGGAAGGAGAUUUGUGGAGAUGCAUGGGAUCAAGUACAUGUUCCACAAGGGCAUGGCGUUUCACAAGAAGAAGAAGCAAGUGCUACGCAUUUCUAUCAACGGAAGAGUCAUGGUGGACCCUCAGACUUUCCGCCGCAUCAACCCGAACUACCCCGUCAGUCCGAUCUUCAAGAGGAGCCAGGACGAUCUCGAAUCAGACAGCGACGAGGACGACGGCUGCAACUGCUGCGAGUCCGAUGACGAGGCGGCCGUGCAAGGUGACACGCAUCGCAGCAAUACGCACGAUGGCGGUGAUGACGCUCCCAAGUACAAGUACCGAUGGGAGAAAGACAAGGACGGCGACGAGCAGUACGUGGCUGUCGAGGUGGAUGCUGAUGGCGAUGAACUUCAUGUGCAACCUGCUGUUCAGGAGCUCGAGUACAGUUCUUCGCAGCGUCGGACCUACACGGACGAGGAGUUGCUGCUCACCUCGCCUGUUGUGCUCGGGUUCAGCUUCAACGAGAAGCUCUGGGUCGAAUUCACGAUCUCCGGGCUCAAAGACAUCACCUACAACGACCAAGCCUUCGACUCCCUUGUCCUCCCUGGCGACCAAAAGUCCACCGUCCGCGCCCUCGUAGAGUCACACAAAUACCACGCCGCCCAAACCAUCGACGACGUCGUCCAAGGUAAAGGCCGUGGCCUCGUCUUCGUCCUCCACGGUCCUCCAGGAACCGGCAAGACCCUCACCGCCGAGGGCAUCUCCGAACUCCUCCGCGUCCCGUUGUAUAUCGUCUCCGCCGGCGAACUCGGCACGGACCCCGCGAAACUCGAAUUCGAACUGCAGAAGAUCCUUGACAUCGCGCAUUCGUGGGGUGCGUUGCUGCUGCUGGAUGAAGCGGAUGUGUUUUUGGAGAAGAGGGAGAUUCACGAUAUCCAUCGCAAUGCGCUGGUCAGUAUCUUUUUGAGACUGCUGGAGUACUUUCAGGGUAUCCUCUUCCUGACGACCAACCGCGUGGAAACUUUCGACGACGCUUUUCAGUCGAGGAUUCAUGUCGCGCUGCGGUAUGAUGAGCUUACUACCGCUGCGAAGAAGGAGGUGUGGAAGAACUUCCUUGGUAUGCCUCUGUUCACGGAGAAGGACUUUGCGAUGCUGGCUAGGCAUCGUUUGAAUGGAAGACAGAUAAAAAAUUCUGUACGAACCAGCCAGGCACUCGCGCUGAACGAGGGCAGCCAGUUGACGCUGGCGCACAUCACGAGGGUUCUGGCGGUAGCCGAGACUUUUGAGCGAGAUUUGAAGGGUGGGCUUGGCUAUGAGGAGGCGAUGAGGACGUACACUUGA